GUGCCGGGGAGUAAUGUCUGGACACAAUCACUCCACAGGGGAGCCGUAGAGGGCGGAGAGCAGACGACGGCGGAGCCAUGGCGACCACUCUCUCGUUAUCUUCACCCCUCUUCCUCGCAGCUCCAGCCAGAGCUAGAGAUGUGAUAUCGCACGGAGUGGCUUCAGCUAGUACACCAUGGAGCACUGCAAAUGCGCUAGGCAAGGGCUACAUGGGUAGGGUACAUGACCAUGGGCAAAAGCGACGCAUGGCAAUAGUAUCCGUGAUUGGAAGAAAGUCAAGGACUAGAGAGACAGUUGUCCCUGACCCCGACUAUAGGUUACCAAUUGCUAUACUUGGGAUUGCUGGUGCUUUUGCAUAUGCAGACAAUCUUUUGGCUGCUGCACCUGUAGGACUGCUGGGGCUUCUUCUUUUGUUCCAGACUACAAGAGUGAGGUUCGUCUUUGAUAAUGAAGCCCUGGAGGUGAAAGUUGGAGACCAACUGCAGGAGUCAGGUGAAAAUGUUUUUGUUGGUGGCAAGAACCGUUGGAAGUACUCAACGUUCGUAAAUUGGGAGCUAUGGUGGCCACAAUUUCCUAUCUUGGUUUACUUCAAAGAGAGCCAAACAAAACCUGAGGGACAGGUCCACUUCUUCCCCGUGAUAUUCAAUGGCCAACAACUCUAUGAUGUCAUGGUGGAGCGCGCUGGGCCCUCAAAGACGAGUGGCCCUAAGUAGUGCUGAUCUUCCCUCAAGAUGAUGAGCUGAGUUCCACGGCGUUCUGUGGCAUCAGGUGACGCUCCAGGAGGCAAAGGCUCCAUGCCUUUUUCAGCCUACCUCACGUGUGUUCCUCCUAUAGCUCUAUGCAUCACCUUCAAGAUGAAAUGAGUGGAUGAUUUAUUAGCUAGCAUUUGCAUCUUCUGUAGAUAUAUUAGAAACUGAUGUAAUGCAACAUCAACGACCCAUCUGAGGCAAUACAUUGGUAUUUAAUUGGAUGUAUAUUUAGAUGCUAUCAACAAGGCAUCUCCUGCAGAUA